UGUCGCAACAGUCACUACUAAUGCCUACGGUUGAGAACAUGUGGAGCUUUCCUAAAAUACUUCUAAUCCUUGUAUUGAUGAAGAGCUGCACUGCAGCACCGGCGACAUCUGGAGUACCUGCAGUUAUUGAUGAAACCGAUCCGGAGUUGAUAGGUGGCUAUGUCGAGGGCGAUAUGAUCAUGAACGAGGGCAAAAAUGGAUGGAUCGAUGAAACUUUACGCUGGCCUAACCGCAUUGUCUACUACUAUAUCAAUAGCGACUUUGAUCAGGAACAUCGUAACCUCAUUCUUCGUGGCAUUAAGACUCUCCAGGCGAAUUCCUGUCUCCUCUUCAAGGAGGCCACCCGCGACCAGCCUUACUAUAUAAAUGUCACCUCGGACGGCGUGGGCUGUAGCUCCGAGAUGGGCUUCCGAAAGGGUAUACAACGACUGAAUUUGGAUAAAUCUCAGCCUGGCUGCUUUCGUCCGGGCACUAUUAUGCAUGAGUUUUUGCAUGCCUUAGGAUUCCUACAUCAGCAAAGUACUUGGAAUCGUGAUGAAUACGUUCACAUCAACGUGGAGAACAUAAUAGAGGACACGAUACCCAACUUCGGCAAGUACAGCAAAGACAAAGUGGACAAUUUCGGCGAGGAAUAUGACUACGGCAGCAUCAUGCACUACAAGUCAGAUGCAUUCUCCAAGAAUGGCAAGCCGACCAUUGUGCCGUUGAUCGCGGGCUACGAGAAGUUAAUUGGAAACCGAGUAGCAUUGAGUAUGGCUGAUAUUAGAAAAUUGAAUGCUAUGUAUAAGUGUUACGGAAAAGUUUGAGUCAUUGCACAAUUACAUCAGCUAAAUGGAUUAA